AUGGACGAAUUCGAGAGUUUAAUUCAGAGUUUCUCAGAUGCCCUCAAGUCGAAAUGGAAAGAGGUUACCGACGGCCCUCCGAUCACCGACCAGAUUCAGGCCUUCAUCCACGCCGUUGAUUGGACGGAGCCAUGGAUCAUCGGGCUGCUGUCGUUCCACGCGGCGUUGCUUCUCAUGGUGCUCCUCACUCGCCGAUGGCAGAACUUUCAGUUCAUCGUCUUCGCCUUCUGCGGUGAGUGCACGUGGUUUGCACGUGUUCAGGUGAGUGCACGUGGUUUCCACGUGGCCAGGUGA